ACGCAAUUUGCUUGGUCGACCUCCCGAACUUCACGAUCCGAACCCAACGACUCGUCGACACAUUACCGUCAAGAUGCCUUCCGAAGUUUCCGACAUUAAGCAGUUCAUCGAGAUCUGCAGGCGCAAGGAUGCCAAGUCUGCCUGCAUAAAGAAGAACAAGAAGGUCAACAACAUCAAGUUCAAGGUCCGAUGCUCAACCAACCUGUACACCCUUGUCCUUAAGGACACCGACAAGGCCGAGAAGCUCAAGCAGAGUCUGCCUCCGGGUCUUACCAUCUCCGACGUUGGCAAGAAGAACCCCAAGGGCAAGCGCACCGCAUAAACGGAUCGAAAGGCAUGAGGAACUGAGGACGGAAGUGUGCAAGGACAUCAAUGCACGAUGCGCACGAAGCAUGAAGGCAUGGGCGGACGGCGUCACAACGGAUAAACCUUGUUCAAUGACACUACGGAACCCUUCACAUUGGGUUACCACUGGGAAUGAAAAAUGUCAAAAUCGUUCCAAAUACUACAAAUAUGGCUUGAUAAAAUUAUCGUGGUUCAUGUGGUUAUUAUCGCUGGACAACUAGCUGUGGAUUAUACGGCUUCAUGGCUGCUAACAUCACAAUCGCUUCGACUUGCUCUAUUCUUUCUUUGCAUUGAUUAUACAUGAACCCGUUCGGAUGAAUUACACAUUAUCAAUAUUUCAGUCGCUCAUAUAGAGCCUUCUUGAAGUCUAUCAGUGUAUCGGGGAAGCGUAGUCAUCACAAUGGAUCAAAACCUUCAGAUCUACGCUGGUAGGGUGCACCAGCCAGA